AAAUAUUUUGAUUUUUUUACGAAAUCAAGAAGUAUAAUUAUGAAUAAAUAUAAAUAAGCCGCGACAAACAAAAUGUAAUAUCACUUUCAGUUUGUUGCAAAAUGGUUUUCAGUUUUCUUAUGUUCCAGUGAUUUUGAAUAUGGGUGGCGGAUCUAGUAGACCUACAUUAAAACACUGCACGUUAUGGAAAGCCGAUCGAAGUCCUGCGUGCCGUGCCGUCAUGAUGGCUUUGGACGCCAUGAACAUCGACGUACGUGAAGUUGACGUCAAUUUGGACAAGGGAGAACAUAGGAGUGCAGAGAUCACGGCGAUGAACCCUCGUCAAACUUUGCCAAUUUUAAAGGAUAAAGAUUUGGUACUAAGCGACAGCAACGCCAUAGCAACAUAUAUGGCAUCACGUUACGGCUCUAACGCAGCGAACAUGUUACUACCCGCCGACCCGGGCGGUCGGGCUCUAGUAGAACAGUAUAUGCACUUCAACAGUAGUGUCCUCUACCCACAGUAUAAAGCCGCUUCGAAUCCAAUCCUCUACCAGAACUGUCGUGUGAUCGCAAUGCCAACUUUCUGCGAGAUCCACUGCGCGUACUACGACAUGGAGCACAUGCUGGCAGACCGGCCGUGGUUCAACCGCGGCAACUGGCCGUCCAUGGGGGACAUCAUGCUAGCGGCCACGGUCAGCACUCUGCACAUAUUGGUGCCGAUACAAAAAAAAAAAUAUCCAAAACUGGCUUCGUGGCUCUUUCGCAUGUCUGAACGCAAUUUCUACAUCACGGCGAAUAAAAACGGACUUGCUGAAUUCGCGAAAAGAAUAAAUAUUGCGGAGAGUCAUUCAAUACUGAAAGAAACGCAGGAGAUUUAUAAAGCACCGCCUCCAAAACAGAAACAAAUGAAACAACAAGAAGAUCAAGGAGACAGCAACGAUACUGCAGUUAUCAUGGAACCGCCGCGGUCAGCAGUUGACAAGCCAGUUAAGUACAAAGGUGAGAGAUGUUGUUACCUCGCGGAUUUGCAAGACCUUCGCAACCCGAGUCCCAAGUCCAAGCCGAAAAUUGAUUGAGGGGAUUGAUCUGCUACCCAUACUUACAAAUUGAAGAUUAGAGCAAAAUUUAUCCAUUACCUGCCAUUUUUAAAAUUAAACCUUAUGUUUUAAAGUUAAAA